UCGGAUUUUCUAGGAGAUUAUUUUUCAUAAUUUUUACGUAAGUGACAAGAGAAGUUUCGAUAUUGAAAAUUAUUUUUUCCCGAUGAGUAGGUAUUCAGGUAAUUUCUCUAAUAUGGAGUUACCUACUCGUUUAAAAAAUUAAAAUGCAGAAGCAUUACCAACCUAUUUUCAAUUCAAGUUGAUAACAGUGCCUUAUGAUUACUUAAUUUUUAACAAACGAUGCUCUCACGAAACCAAAAAUUGGAUAAUACACAACAAUUAUUCUAACUGUAAACAUCAUUACAUAUGUACAUGGUGUGUUUGAACAGAAAAAUGAAAACCUUUAUUAAACCGAGCCGAAUUCUGAAAUUCAUCUAUCGAAACAGUUGAUCAACAUUUUGUGAGCAGAGAGGUAGCUAUAUGUAUUUUUUUUGAUAAAACGAAACUGGUAAAGUGUUGAAAAUUUUAAUACUGAUUAUAUCAUGUAUACUUCAAAGCUAGAAACGAUACUUUUAAAAAGAUUUCUAAACUUUGGAUUCCUUCUCUGCGGUGGACCAACAAAAAUCAGUGUAAAAGUGCAGUUUUUCUAUCACUUCUUCGCAUUGUCAUGCAUCUUUUUUCUCAUCGUGGGUAAUUUUGUUACUGUAGUAAACCUUUCGAGCAAUUUAUACAAAAUCGAGGCAUGCACGAUGUUACUCGUAGGUAGCGCUGUCAUCAUGAUUUACCUACAUUUUUGGAUUUACCGAAAUCAAAUAGCAAUGUUUUAUUCGAAAUGCGAUGAAAAUUCACCACAUUACAUGGGUCAUGAUGAACUAGAAAUAACAGCCAAAAUGUAUUUUCAAACAUUAAAGCAGCAAUUAGCUUGCUACGUUGGAACGGUGAUAAUGUGUCCGAUGAUUGCGGGGAUAUUUUUAAAAGAUCCCAAAGAAAUCGAUUCGUAUGAAUUUACAUACUUUUAUUCGUGCGGAUCAAGGACAGAAUCGAGUUCGAUAAAAUACUGUUUCGAGAGAGAAAGUUUCGGCAAUUUUAUAUUGAACGAUGUUCUGGGUAAUGUUUUCAUAGCAUAUCGAGCAUUCAUCAUACAAGUAGCACAAUUGAUAAUUUGCUGCGUGAUACAAAGCGCUGAAGCAAGAUUACGUGUGUACGAUGAUUUAUUAACGGAGUGUAUUGCAAAAGUCAAGAAGAUGGGUAAAUUCGACAGAAAUGAUUUGUUCGAAUUCGAGAAGAUCAUCAAAUAUCAGCGUACUUUUCACAGUUAUAACCGUGAGUUGAAGCAGAUUACAGAGAUGGGUAUCAUUAUGCACAUGAUUGGCGUGUUCGUUAUACUAUUAGUAACUAUUCUAGCAGUUGGCAGUCAGAAAUUCACAUCACUGUACAUGAAUGUAAGAUGGCUCACUACAGCUUGUUACGUGCUCUUUCUACAUUACGAAUUUUGUCGGAGUUUUGUUAAAUGUGGAUACGCGCAAGAGCAUUUCACCAUAGCUUUGCUGGAAUUUCCAUGGUAUGAAAGACACGUGCGAUUUCAGAAAUGCUACCUGAUGACUCUGACACUUUGUCAGAAAGAUGACCCAUACACCGUUUGGGGUUUGUACGAAGUGAAUUUGAAACUGUUCGCAGCCAACGUAAAUCGACUGUAUUCAGUUGUGAAUUUAGUCUUACUAAAAUAUAAAUAGUAAAUGAAAAUACUCAUUUUUUUAAAAGUAUGUAUAUCUAACAUAUUACCUUUCAAUAAUUACCUAGAUAUAAGAGAAUUACCAUUGAAAUAUAGAAGUAUACAAGAGUUUAAUAAAACA